CCGAGAUACCCAUUUGCGGUGCCGCCACCCUCCUUCAGUGCAAUUCUCCUCCGAAUAUAAACUUCUCGUUCUGUUCCUAGUUCCUUGAUAACGAUACCCCUUCCUUGUAGCAUUCAAAACUUGGCAAAACCAAAGGAAAUAUACGCACAGAAAAGAUGGUACUUCGCAAAGACCAGCUCGAGCUCAAGCUCAAGGACGAUGAACAACUAAUUCGCCAAGGCGUCCUCCGCAAUGAGCAUCCGUUUGAUGAUUCCCCAGAGUUUCAUGAAUUCAUACAAGCGUGCCGUCGAGGCGAUCUGAAGCACUGUCAGGAGUUGAUCUCAGGUGGCGUCAACAUCAAUGGCAAAGACAAAUAUGACUAUACUCCACUCAUUAUCGCAAGUCUGUGCGGGCAUUAUGAACUGGUGCAACUCCUGUUAGAAUCCGGUGCUCUGGCCGACCCCGAUUCAUUCGAGCGAGAGCGCGCGGUCUACAACGCUCUGAACAACAAGAUUCGGAAUUUGCUACUUUCCUAUGAUUACACCAAGACUGCGGAUCCUUUACAGGCUUGGUCAUCCCAUAUCACCUCGUUGCUUGUCCGCGAGAUUCCGAAGACGACAGACAUCAGUCUCCUCACAGCUUCUGAAUCGUUCCAUCUGCAUAAAUUCAUCCUCUCUUCCAGGUCGCCCUAUUUCCGAAGAAAAUUCGCCGACGCUCCUGAAACUAGCACUUGGAAACUAUCCCACUCCAUUCCUGUCGAGGCUUUUCGGGUCGUCAUAAGAUAUCUCUAUCUUGGUGAACUUCCACGCGACCUUGUUGGACCUCGGAGUACAGCCACUGAGGAGGAGGUUUUCAAGGGGAUCGACAAGCUCUGCAAGCAGCUCGAAAUUGCCCACCUGUGGGAAGCUGUUCUUUCAACGACCGACCGACGCUUGGCGCGCCAGAGGCAUCAAGAUGAGGUCCAGCGUGCUCAGGCUCAAGUAACUGCUUACUUCCGAGACACGGUCCUAAAGCACAAGUUCACAGUUGACACUUGUCGGGUGGGGGACGUGAAAUGGCCCCGAGACAACGCUUUUUCCGCAAACUGUUUGUUGCGUGCGGACGAGUUCGACGAGGGUGAAGGAGAAGAUGUCGUUGAGCCCGCGGAAGAGGCGCUCAUAUCUCGUCAUGGUAUUCCCAUUGGCCCCACAGCGGCGUUGAACUCAACAAACGGAACUUCGAAUGGUGCGAAAAAGCCCAAACGCUCAGUCCUCUUCCCGGUGCACAAAGCCUUUCUCAUCCGCAGUCCCUAUUUUGAAACCAUGUUCUCCUCCGAGUUCAUGGAAGCCAAGGAAACCGAGCAUCUCCACAUCAUCAAGGUGGACUGUCUUCCCGAAGUUCUGGAGAUCAUCCUAACAUUCCUCUACACCGAGAGGUCUGACUGCCCGCUCGAGCUGGCUCUGGAUCUUCUCUACGCGGCGGACAUGUUACUGUUGGAUAAGCUCAAGACCAAAGCCGCGGUGGCAAUCAGCACUCUAGGCAGCGGUACCAGCAACGCGCUGGUAGACCGCACCCAUGGUGGGGCCGCGGAAGAGCUACAAUCGCCACCACCCGCAACGUCGACUUCGGCACCUUCGAGCGGGCAGCAACAAACACCAACUGGAUCAUCGCCGGAAGCGGAUGGACAGUCAGUCGAAGUGGAACCCAUCAACGUCUACGAUGUCAUCCACGCCGCCUGGGACCUUAAAGUCCAGCGUCUGGAAGAUUUCGCCGCCCGGUACCUGGCCAGUCGAUUGGAGGACUACAUCGACGAAGAGGAGUUCGCCGAGUUGAUUCAGGAAAGUGCGUCCCGGCUCAAGAGGCGUGAGGAGACGGACACUAUCGAGUUGCUGGACGAUAUUCGGUAUUACCUGGGCGAGCGAUUUCGGUUCCGGUUCGAGGGUGAUGGCAUUGAAGAGAUGUUGAAUGAGGAGGGCGAGAUUGAUGCUGCUCAGGUAGAAGACCUGGCAUUAGAGGCUGAGGAUGGGGAAAUCCGUCUCGAACAGCCUUCUGACGGCCAGAGGGAAGUGGGAGGAGAGGAAGUGGGGAAAAGCACUGAACGUGAUGGUGAGGAGGAGGGAGGUGGUGGUCUACGAACAUUAGACGGGAAGUUGGUUGAGGAUGAGUUUGUGUCGGAUGCGGUCAACUACCAGAUCUUGCUGGAAAAGAUCGAUAAGAUGCUUGACCGUCUCAAGCUGGGUGCUUGAAGGGCUA